GCCUUCAUCGGACUGUUGAAAGGACAGCUCGACAGGUGUGGUCCAGAGCACCUGCACGGGCAGCCGACGUUCACUCCAGCCUGCCCCGAGCCAGGGCACACCCAGCUGGAGCUAGGCCUCUCGCUCGUGCUCGGCCUGGUCCUGGGCGCUGUGCUCCGCGAGGCCCUGGAGACCCUGCAGGUGGGUACACGGGUCCUCGCCUACUACGAGCAAGAGGACAAUUACUGGCAUGAGCGGAUUUUGGUCGGCAGGAUCACUGCGACGAGAUGGGUGGUGGUCACACCACACUUUGACAUCUACGAAGAAGACUUCGCGGAGGCCCUGCAGCUCUGUCCAGUCGGCCCCCUCGGGGGCUUGCCCACGAAGCUCUCGGGCCACAUCCUCCGCGUGGACAUGGACCGCUACAAGCGGAACGAAGCGAGGCUGCUGGCUGAGGGCAAGCAGCUGGCUAGCGAGAUCCGCCGGGAGGAGGGAGCGUCCAGCGGCAGAGCAGGAUCUUCGGACCUUCCUGUCAAGUACGACGCCGGCGGCACCAGGGUCAGGGACUUCGCCGAGGCGGUGGACAUCAUGUCCUCCAACCCGCAGCUGGACUUCCCUGUCCUUGGGCCGCGGGCGACCUUGUGGCUGGUGCAGCAGUUCAGGCGGCUGGGCCAGACCCCCCUCCAGCGACGCAUGUGGUGGAGGCAGACCCAGAACCUCACCGCCGCGGAUGCUGGAGUUGAUGAACAUCAGUUCCUUUCAGAGCUGCUGGAGAUGGGCGCCGAAAAGAACCAGCUCAAUGAGGGCGAGCUCGCGACCUUCGCGCGGUUCGCAGUGCAGGGGGCUCAGCUUGGCUCGACGAGCGUGAGAUCUUCUUGGGGCAAGAGCGUGGACGUGGUGGAGUUUUGGUUUGUCCUGCACUUCAGAGCUGGGUGGCAGCCCGUCUCCAGGAGGAGGCAGCAGUACUCAAAUAACGGCGCAAAGGACGUGAAGAACAUAUUCUUGCUCGAG